AUGGGAGACACGCAGAAGGGCAGCAUUCAUCAGGAACUUCAUCAGGAAGGUUCAGUGAAAGCUGAACUCCAUCUGUUCCCCUCCAGGGAGCUCACAGGAGAUUCCCUCCAGGAGGCCGAUCAAAGACAGGACCACAAGCAGGAGCUGGAAAGAGAAAGUGAGAUGGAGACAUGUUUUCCAAAGAGAUAUGAAAUGGUACCUCCUUAUGAGAUGGAAGUCUGGGGGUGCAAGGACAGUGGUAAAGCCCCUAUAAAGAAGGCUAUCCUUGCUGGGGACAGGCCAGAUCUGUCCAUGUGUGGGAAUGGUGCCAUUUGGAUUCAGCAGGUGGGGGAGAAAACCUACAAGUGUCCCGAGUGUGGGAAGAGCUUUAGCCGGAGUUCAUACCUGAGCCAGCACCAGAGGAUCCACCUGGCAGAGAAACCCUUCAGCUGCUCUGAAUGUGGGAAGAGUUUCACCCGCAAUUCAGACCUGAUCAAACACCAGCGAAUCCACACAGGGGAGAAGCCCUACCAGUGCAGCGAGUGCGAGAAGACCUUCAGCCAGAGGUCUAACGUGAUCAGGCACCAGCGCACCCACACAGGAGAGAGACACUACCUGUGCAACGAAUGUGGGAAGAGCUUCAGCCAGAACUCACAUCUCAUCAUCCACCAGCGAAGCCACAAGGGUGAGAAACCCUUUAACUGUCUGCGGUGUGAGAAAAGCUUCAGCGACCGCUCCUCCCUGAUCAUACAUCGGAGGGUCCACACCGGAGAGAAGCCCCACAAGUGCCAGGUGUGUGGGAAGCGUUUCCGGGACAGCUCAGCCAUCAUUCGGCAUCAGAGGAUUCACACGGGAGAGAAACCCUACGAGUGCACGGAUUGUGGGAAGACCUUCCGGCAGAGCUCCUCGCUGGUGACUCACGUGCGAACGCACACGGGUGAGAGGCCCUACAAGUGCCCCGUGUGCGGGAAGGGCUUCAGCCAGAGCUCAGCGCUCACCACUCACCGCCGGAUCCACAGGGAAGAGUCCUUGCCCGUGUGCCAUGGCAGCCUCCUGCCCAGCCCCGUCCAGUGCAUCGAGUGUGGCCGGAGGUGCAGCGACCCCUCCACUCUGGCCAAGCACCAGAGCCUGCACACUGAGGAGCGGCCCUACAUCUGUGUGGAGUGCGGGGACAGCUUCCACCGGAGCUCAGCUCUCAAUGUGCACCUGAGGAUCCACCGUGCCCAGAGACCCUACAAGUGUGAGGAGUGUGGGAAAACGUUCCGGCACAGCUCGGCCCUCGGUGCCCACCUGAGGAUCCACGUGGGAACCAAGCCCUACAAGUGUGUCGAGUGUGGGAAAACCUUCUGGAAAAGCUCAACACUUAAAGUACAUUGGAAAAUACACAUGGCCAAGAAACCUUAUAAAUGUCUGGUGGGUAGAAGAAUCCUCACCUCACGCUCACUUCUGCCAUAA